AGGUAAAGCGUUAUCCUUAUACGCGGGAAUGGAAACGGUUGGUCAAGAAAAGAAAAAACAACAGACCGAACCGAUCAAGGAAAAUGGCGGGCAGUCUGUCUGCUUCAACUCUCCUUAGCCAAACUUAUCUAGUUUUCACUUCCAAUCCUUGGAGAACCCUGAAUUCUUCUUUCCUCAUAAAUAUCGAGAAGCAAGCUCUUGUCCGUUGCUCGGCCAAGAAGAAAAUCGGAUUUGUGGAUCAAAUUCUCGAUUACAUCGAAGGGGGUCCUAAGUUAAGGAAAUGGUAUGGGGCACCUGAACUACUACCAAAAGAUGGGUCUGUCCUGGAAGAGGAGGAGGAGGAUUAUCCAGAGGAUGAAGUCAAGGAUGCAGUUUUAGUAACAGAUGGGGAUAGUGAAAUUGGACAGAUGGUGAUAUUGUCAUUGAUUGUCAAACGAACUCGAGUAAAAGCAUUAGUGAAGGAUAAGCGUACAGCUAAUGAAGCCUUUGGAACUUAUGUUGAGUCAAUUUCUGGAGAUACAAGUAACAAGAUAUUUGUAAAGAAAGCUCUUCGAGGAGUUCGUGCAAUCAUAUGCCCGAAUGAAGGUUUCUUGUCUAGUAUUGAGAGUUUGAAAGGUGUUGAACAUAUAAUUCUCUUGUCUCAGUUGUCUGUUUAUAGAGCUAGCAGUGGCAUUCAAGCUCUCAUGACAAACGAUUUAAGAAAAUCAGCUGAGAAGGAUGAACCAGCACUGGUGGCUUCAGGAAUCCCAUACACCAUAAUUAGAGCAGGAAUGUUGGAAAAAACUCCUGGAGGAACUCAAGGUUUCAACUUUGAAGAGGGUAGUGCAGCAAGUGGAAGUCUUAGCAUGGAGGAUGCUGCAUCUAUGUGUGUUGAAGCACUAGAAGUAGUCCCACAAGCAAGAUUCACAUUUGAGGUUGUCAAUGGAGGAGAGAAGGUUUCAGAUUGGAAAGAGUGUUUGACUAGAUUGAUGGAAAAAACGGAGCUGUAGGCUGUAGCUGCGAUGACUACACUCAAGCAAAACAAAAAGUGCACCCAUUUGUUUGUUUUGAUUUUUUUUUCCUAUUAUGCGUUCAGUAAGUUGGUUAUCAGUAAAUUUGUUUUCAUGCAUUUGGAUUGCAAAAAGUUUGCGUUGAAGUUGUUAUACUGCAAAUUUACAUGGUAAUUUGCGUUGCAUACCAGUAUGAAUGCCAAUUCUGAAUUUUUACUGUGCCGGAAAGUAAUGAAAGCCGCCGUAUGAUUUAAAGCAAAAGAGUAUACAUAAGAGUUUUCGUGGGAAUGUUUAAAAAGCAGAGAGUUCGUAUGCGAGCAGUUGUUGCAUGAGUAAAAAUGGCUUUGAAUCAUAUUGGUUAGGUGCUUCGUUGUUGGAAAUAAAAAUUGCCUGUAAGAUGCUGGGGAAGCCAUGGAUAUGAUUUUAGGCAUGAAAAUACCUUUGGAAUUUUCAGUGUGUUAGAGUCAAUGUGGGAAUCAGCAUCUUUUGCUUGAACAUAAUAAAAGUAUCAUUCUUCUUCCCACCAUCUCCUUUAACAUUCAACAAAAAAGAAAAAUGAACUCUUUUAGUGUAAUAGAUUUUUUUUUCAAUAAAUGAAUAAAAAAAUAGAAGAGAACAGAAAUAUAGAUGGAUACAUUGGAGUACGGACACAAUCUUUACAUGCUUUAUUGUCUGAUUCCUCCACUUCAAGUGGAGAGCAUGCAUAGCUUUUUAAAAACCAAAAAUCUUUAAUCUUAAAACCUCCUCUCUCCCCCCAUCUUAGAUUUCCCAUAAUUGCGUCAUUUGCUUUUUCUUUUCUACAAAAAUGACCUCAUAUAUGCCAUCAUUCCUUUUUCUUUCCCUCUUUUUCUCUCUUCUAGGUGAAUCCUAUGUAGAAUUAAACGUUUAAUAUCAUAUUUUAUGUACAAGAAGUCAGCUAAAUGAACUCUUUUUAAUCAUUCCAACAACGUAAUCUUUCUUAUAUUUACAAAGGAGUUUGUAGAUCAUAUGUUUGGGGAUAAAAAAAAUUUUUGGAUUGAGAUUUUAAUCUAAAUUUAAAUAUUAUUUUUUAAAAUGAUUGAUUUAAAUCCUGCGUUUUAAUUUUUUUUUUAAUUCACUACAAACAAUCCGAUGCAUUAUCUUGCCACAGAACGUGAUUCACGGUGGGAGGCACGCAUUGCAGUUGCUAUAGGCAAUUAUUUUAAUAAAUAAUUUCAUCGGCAUGGCAGCCACAAAAGUUGAAACUAAGUACUCAAUUGGAUUACUAGCCUGAUGAAACUGACAGAUGGUGCUUAUCAGCCUAAUCUUUUUAAUAUAGUUGUUACAGGUAUUAAAUUAUUGUUCAGUAUGUGACAAAGUUUAACAUAUCUGUGAU